AUGAGCGAGUCCAAUUCGACGUCUUCGGAGCCUCUGGACCUUAUCAGGCUAUUAUACUGUGUCGAUACCUAUGCUAACAUCCAGGCUUACGACAUGCACUGCAACAUGGUGUUGAGCGACGCUACAGAGACCAUUUUCUACACCGAGCAAGACUCACCAGAGAUCAAGUCGAGAACCAAGAAAAGUGAUAUGGUGUUCAUUAGAGGCGAUUCGGUGAUACUUGUUUCCGACGCUGCCAACGUGUAA